UAUGAAUGAAGAGCAGUGAGCAUGUAAUCAGCGUUCAUUUCAGGCGUUUUGCGAAUCGCAUUGUCGGCGUUGGUCGAAUGGAUACCCCGUUUAUACAAGUUAUUUGGUUCGGCUCCCAAACUGGUCUACAGAACCCUGAAGCUCAGUCUCCAACCAGCAUUGGCACUUUGAAUCGUGGCGAAAUACUAAGUUGCAGUAGCUCAUCUACUGCUUUAUCCUUAAAACUUCCGUUCAUUUGCUUAGUCUACCAGAACGCACUGGGAACCUGAUUCCAAAGCUGAAGAUGAAAUGGCUGGAAAGACAUCGAACGUCUUGGCUGAACAGCUUCAGAAGACGAACUUAAAGAAUUACGCCAAGUAUCUCACGGAGCAUGGGGAAGACCCGCAGCAUUUCCCAGAACUCCGCGCCGACCAUGAUCUUUACUUUCAAUUUUGGGUGGGCCGUUACAGCGCAGCGCUUGGUCAGAAUGCUGUGUCGAAUCCACGGCCUCGCCGACUAUCCUUCCUUCCACUACUCGACCAACCUACUUCCGCCGCAGUUACGAUUCUAAACCUACUUGGUUAUACAUGCGAGCUCAGCGGUGAGAGCUUGAACAUAAUCAGGUUUCGGAACCAACCUUGUUCUGUGCUUCUGUGGAUCACGGGAUCCCCGUGGAAACCGCAAGACGCAAGCGAAGACCAUGCUUUAUGGAGGGAGCUCAGCCUACACACUCCUCGUAAUUCCAAGCAUCUACGUAUUCAGACUGCAAGCGACCUCUCCAAGCUUUUCGGAUACGUCGCGGCAUUCCAUGCCACAUUCGCCUCCAAUCACCUUGACGUAAACGCACGGAUCAAAGCAAGAAGAUCAAAACCUUUCAAUGAGAAGGAGGUACUCAAUUCGCUAUGCCAAUAUCGAUAUGAAAUGGGGCAGCCAGGAUCUUCGCGCUUUAUAGAAGCCGCACGGCAGGUUGAAAGAGGAUUCAUCCUUGAUGCUGUGGUAGAGAUGUUCGCGCCUCUCGUCGGUAUCGUGGCUCGCUUUAUUUCCGCGAAUACCGACUGUGUCGACUUUCACCAAAGGCAACCCAAAGGAGCGAACUUCCUGAACGGUGUGCAGAUCUGGCGCGCAAACGAUGUUCAAUCUCUUUCUCUCUUUUCACUCAGAACUUACGUGCUUGUAACUGGGUUAGAGAGUGACGAAGAAGAGGAAGAGGGGGGAGAAGACGAAGGUUUGCCGCGCUAUUUCUCCGAAUGGCUUCAAAAUCAUGGUCUCGAAGUGCCACCGGAGCUUCAUGGCCGCUACAAGAGCGCACUUCUGUAUGAUAUGGCAAGUCCAAGCGAGCGAUACGCACUCGUAUUCAGGAUUCGGAUCGAAAAAGAUCGUCAUAAGCAGGCGUUCAAAGAAAAGGUUGCGACAACAAAAGCACAGAACCAUUAUUGGGAGGGGAAGUAUUGUCCGCAGUCGAGAUAUGAGUUAAACGGCACUAGGAUGCGUCGUAAUGAGCGUUUAAAGAGAUGUAGAGAGAGGCGUUCGAAAUUGAGCACUUGUGUUACACACGAAAUCGAGGAAGAAUAGAGAAAGAGGGAAAUGGCCAAGGAGUCAAGGUCUGAUCAUUGAGUGUGCAUCAGUUCUAGGACCUUGGUCCAUGGGGAAGACGGCGAAUCAGAUGCCUGACGCGUACCAACAUCAACGAACUAUGCGACUUCUGUGUAAGCUUCCUCAAGGGUGCGUGACGUAGUUCUUUCUUCUAGAGAUAUAGAUGAAAGCAAAACAUUUGCGGUCUGCAUAGAAUUUCCCGAAGAGAACGUCAUAUAAUGCUUACCGAAUCCAGUUCACUCGCUCGGCCGUGAUUGUGUGCACGGUGAUACUGCGUGACAACAUGACGAGGCUGUACAUUUAGCUGGUUGCCUGAAGCUGCCGCAGCAGCAAGCCACGACAGCCUUCGUAGACAAGCGUCGACAAUCCCCUCUCGCCUUACACCGUCUUGUAAAUCGAAGUGCCUUA